AUGACAGAACCUAUUCGAAGAAGUCUCAGGCUCCAGAACAAGGGAGCCGCCCAUGUGCCGGAAGCCCCGAAAGUCCCGGCGGCUCCGGCUCGCCGAGCCAACAAGAAAUAUGUGAGGAAACAGGAGGAAGUGAUUUCGGACCUGAAAGGAAACAUGGAGAUGUACUCGGCCGAAGCCCAACAGGUCAUCGUCGAUAUGCAGUCCCGCCUUCAAAAGUACGAAGCAGACGAACAAGCCCGCAGAGGUCAACAACAGACCUUCAACUUCAGCACCCCCUUGAACACGGCAAAUGACGACAACUCCGAAUUCGAUGCCAUGUCCGUCGACAGUAAUGAUAGCAGGUCGGUUGGGGCCGCCGUGAAGAAAGAAGCGCAGGUUGACGAGGGCCUUUUCGUCCCCCGAAACCCGAGGCAAAGCGCUACACUCAUCGUCGAAGAUGACGAGGACGACGAUCCAGCCAGUCUGAUAUCAUUGAGAGACAUUUUCGACCAAACUGGGGAUGAUGAUAUCGAAAAUACCACAAGAUAUGGGUUCCUCGAAGUAGGGCCGUACCGAACGUACAACGUCGUCGGUCGAGGGCCACGCAACGCCGAAAAGCUAGAACUCGUCCCAUCGAACAGAGACCCAGUAGGAGAUGCUAUCAACAACCUCUCUCAGAAAAAAAAGGUUCUUCGGGACGGAACGGGGAGGAAACUCAAGGUGGACGGCAUCAACAUCCAAGUGGAUAUACAAGGCGUCGCCUGGAUCGCGACCCAGAACCCGGCGGACCCGAUUACCUUGAUGGAUCCGCGGUACUGGGACAAAAUGAAAUCUGAGGGUAAGAAGAAUGUCCGAAUGCCCUAUACCUUAAUCAAGUUGAAAUGGGUGACGAUUCGGAACGGCGAGAAAACCGUUGAGAAAACGUUCGAGUCGAGGUCGACGGUUCGUUCCAUCUUUGGUAAAACGCCCCGGGCGGCCCUACGAACCUACAAGAUUGGCGACCGAGUAGUUCUCGAAAAAGGAACCAUAAUGCCAGCGGCAGACCUGGCGAUAUUCGCUGCGGCGAUCAUCUCAUGGGACCGCCAUCUGAAGUGGAAGGAGGACCCCAGCACAGGCGAGGACCGCAGCCCCACCCCGGAUGAAGUACUUCAGACGACGGAAACCAAGCAUGGUCGGAGGCAAGGGGCCAGAUAGAGGGGUGCUAUCAUAGGGUGCUAUUCUCCGCACACGACGACGUAGGAAGGC